AUGAUAUUAGAUGCAUUACAUCCAGAAACAAGAGCAAAGAUGUGGAACAUGGCUAGAACUGACAAAAUCCUGGCCUUUAUUCAAAGCCUAAACAUUCACCUGAGCAACACAAUAAAAUUUGGCCUGUUGGGUGCAGUGGUUCUUUUUUUUCUGAUAUCUAUGAUAAUUCUUGGAUGGCAGAUCUACCUCUGCUGCAAACAUGGAAAAACAAAGAAAACAAGAGCUACAAAGAUUGAAUCCAAGAAACAUUAUACAGAAAAAAGCAACUUAUCAACACGAAAUAACUCUUCAGACUUUCUGGCUACAUCAGAUAAAGAUGAGUAUUCGGAUAUGAAAAUCCACAAUUACAAGGUAUACAGGCUCCAAGAGAGUAUACAAAAGCUAAAUCUUUAUUUUCACUGUUAUCCUGAUGGUCUUAAACUGAUACAAUCAAAUGAAGAUCUUGUUGCUGAAUCAAAGGAUGAGCUUACAGGAAAAUUAAGAUUUUCUCUAUCAUAUGAUAAAAAACAAUCAAAGUUACAACUGACAAUUUUACAAGCAUCUAAUCUUCCUGCUCGACAUGCCAAACAGAGUACUGACUCAUUCAUUCGGGUAAAGCUAUUGACCAGUUUACCUCAGUACCAAUGUAUUCUUCACCAAUGGGACACAAAAAUCGUGAAGAACACCAGAUAUCCCUGUUUUGGAGACCAUUUUACCUGUUCUGUCGAACGGAAUGUCAGCAAGAAGGCUACUCUAAAACUUGAGGUCUGGGAUUUUGACAAAUACUCACGAUGUGAUGCAUUAGGGGAAGUAAGGAUAUCAUUCAGCAGCUUGGAUUUAUCAAAUGCAACUGAAUUCUGUGAGGACUUACAGAGGGUCCAAAAGGACAUCAUUGGAGAAAUAUUUGUAUCUCUUAAAUAUCUUCCAACAGCCCAAAAAUUAGAAGUUGCACCACUGAAGGUGAAAAUUGGUUGCCUAAGCAACAAUCAAGACACAGAUAUUUACACAAGAGUAGAUUUCUACAUCAAUCAACACAAGAUGAAGCACCAGAAAACACCAGCAAAACCAAAGUCUGAAAUAACUGUGUUCAAUGAGGUUAUAUUUUUCACUGUAUCAGAUUCUGUUAUUAAUCAGUGCAUGAUUAUAACUUCUGUGUAUGAAAUUUCACUCAAAGACAGUACAAGGCAGCUUUUAGGUCGUGCAUACAUAGGGAGGAAGAAGUCCAAAGAAGAUGAUCAUUGGCUGUCCAUGCUGCAGUCCUUGCGGCAACCUGUGUCAGAGUGGCAUCCACUUUUAAUCUAA